AUGCUAAAAAGGGAGAUGAAGCCGGAAAGUGACAGGCCACGGAGAGUCCGGUUUCGGAUCGCAUCUUCUCACAGUGGGCGAGUCCUGAAGGAGGUUUAUGAAGACGGGCAACCCUCGGGCUCUCUAGAUUCUGAAUGCGCCAGUAUCUGUGGGAUUGAUGGACUCAGUGAUUCUGACGGACAGAAUGGCCACACAGGAUCAGAAGGCGACGAGCAGGAGAAUGAUCAGGAUAACUUGCUGGUGCUAGCAAGGGCUGCCAGUGAGAAGGCCUUUGGUACAAGAAGAGUCAACAUUUUAAGCAAAAAUGGCACAGUUAGAGGCGUCAAAUACAAAGUGAGUGCUGGCCAAGCUCUAUUUAACAAUUUGACCAAAGUAUUACAGCAACCAUCAACUGACCUAGAAUUUGACCGCGUAGUGAUUUAUACCACUUGCCUUCGUGUGGUAAGGACAACUUUUGAAAGAUGUGAACUGGUUAGGAAGAUCUUCCAAAAUCAUCGAGUAAAAUUUGAAGAAAAAAACAUAGCUCUGAAUGGAGAAUAUGGAAAAGAGUUAGAUGAGCGAUGCCGCCGAGUUUCUGAAGCUCCUUCUCUCCCUGUCGUGUUCAUUGACGGCAAUUACCUGGGGGGUGCUGAGAAAAUUUUGUCAAUGAAUGAAUCAGGAGAAUUGCAAGACCUCUUGACCAAAAUUGAGAGAGUGCAGCAUCCACACGAGUGUCCCUCCUGCGGAGGCUUUGGCUUUCUUCCGUGCUCCGUGUGCCAUGGGAGCAAGAUGUCAGUGUUUCGAAACUGUUUUACAGACUCUUUCAAAGCUCUGAAGUGUACAGCUUGCAACGAGAACGGUCUCCAGCGUUGUAAGAACUGUGUGGGUUAGUCAGUUUCCACUCAG